UAAUGUGUGUUGUUUCAGACAUUAACUGUGAGACCAGUGACGACUGUAGCUCGGACAAAGUGUGCUUGGACUUUAAAUGUGAAGACCCUUGCCUUGGCGUAUGUGGCUUUAACACCGUCUGCCACACAGUCAACAACGUUUAUAUGUGUGCCUGUAAACCAGGUUAUAUAGGCUACCCUUUCGAUGGCUGCUAUCCCGAAGAAUGUACAAUGAACUCGGAUUGCCCCGAGGAAAUGGAAUGCAAGAACAAACACUGUAGGGAUGUCUGUAAAAACGCUUGUGGACUAAACAGUCAUUGCAAAGGCAUCAGACAUCAUCCAGUCUGCUCCUGCAGUCCAGGACAUGUUUGGGAUCCGUUCUUAGGAUGUCAAAUACAGAGUAAGUCAAAGUCAUGAUCAGUUAAAGCAUCCGGUUAGUUAAGUGUUU